AAACAAGCCUGCACAAAAUGUUCAAUACCCGCUCAGCAUAGCCUUAAGUAGCACCGCUGCUUCUUACGUUCAUGCUAUGGCACUCAAGGCGGAGUUCAAGACUACAUUCCAGCCUGCACACGUCAUUCAACCCAUCUACACCGGCGGCGCUGUCUCAUUGAGUGGAGAUGGCAAGCUGUUGGCAAGCACUUUGGGCGAGGAUGCGCUGGUCACUGACCUCGAAAGCGGCGCGCAUCUCGCCCGUGUAGAGGGAGAUGGCGAGCCGGUUACUACGUUGGUCUUGACACUUGAUGCGAGGUACUUGAUUGUGUGCUCGAGAUCAUUGUCGAUGCGCGUGUAUGCGCUGCAACCUUCUCAGGCUCACGAUGACCAACUGGAUGCGAGAUUGAUGCGCACGCUCAAGCCCCACACAACUCCUGUGGUCACAGCAGCAGUGGACGCUUCCAGCUCGUUACUUGCCACAGGCGCCGCGGACGGAGCCAUCAAAGUCUGGGACCUUCAAGGCGGGUAUACUACGCAUACUUUCCAUGGCCACAGCGGCGUCAUCUCGGCGUUGCACUUCUUCGAGGUUUCCCCCGCUGAAGCCCAACGGGCUGUAGACACCCGAAAGCGGAAGAGGAACCAGGGAGAUGCUGAUGUGUCAUCGCUAGACCGGGACAAUGCAACGGCAGGCUUCAGACUGGCUUCUGGUGGCGAAGACGGCAAGAUCCGCAUCUGGGAUCUGCACAAGCGUAAGAGUGUUGCAACGCUUGACGCGCAUGUGUCUGUUGUACGGAGCUUAAGGUACUCGCCAGAAUCGACUCUACUAUUGUCUGUAAACCGAGACAAGACCGCCAUACUUUGGGAUGCAAAGACUUGGCAGCAGCGAUCGACCGUUGCAAUCCUGGAAGGCGUCGAGGCUGCAGGCUUCAUUCAGGAAGGCCGCCUAUUCUACACAGGCGGAGAGACUUCGAAUAUACGACUCUGGAAAACGGACGAUGGCAGCGAGGUGACCGAGGAGCAAAAACAUGGCACGGAAACGGAGGCUGUUCUAGACGUGCUCCACCAUCCCGGACUUCCAUUCUUGCUGUCAGUUCAUGCGGAUCAAACUUUGCUUCUGCACUCAUUAGACCCGCUAGCCUCCUUACUCGACAAAACAACUGCGCAACAGAUACCAUCUCUGCCCAUACUCCGUCGCAUCUCUGGGACUCACGACGAAGUCAUCGACCUUGCGUAUAUUGGCACACACCGAAGCCAUCUCGCACUAGCCACGAAUCUCGAAGAUGUCCGAAUCAUCGCUCUCGAGAGUUCUACCGCGGACGGCCAGCAAGCCUACUUCGGCGCUGAUGUAGCGCUCCUCAAGGGUCAUUCAGAUAUCAUUAUUACACUAUCAGUUGACUGGUCUGGUCACUGGCUGGCGACGGGAGCCAAAGACAACAGUGCGAAGCUCUGGCGACUUGAUCCGAAGAACGCCGACUACGACUGCUAUGCGACCUUCACUGGACAUGCCGAGAGUAUAGGAGCAGUAGCUUUACCAUGUGCUUCUCCACCUGUCCAGUCAAAAGAGUACACCAGCCCACUCGAGUAUCCGCCGAAGUAUUUGAUUACUGGUAGCCAAGACAAGACCGUGAAGCGAUGGGAUAUCUCGAACCAACCAGGCCGGGCACCACGAGCAGCCUAUACUCGCAAAGCGCACGACAAGGAUAUCAACGCUAUUGCUACAUCGUACUCACCUUCGACACCAUUGUUCGCCUCAGCGAGCCAAGACCGUACAGUCAAGAUAUGGGACGUUGAGACAGGCGAGUCAAUAGGCGUCCUGCGCGGCCAUAAGCGGGGCGUUUGGUCUGUCGCUUUCUCACCCCCCGGUAGUCCCGCACUCACUACUGCUGAGAGUGGUGGUGCGAGUAGCGCGAAGGGCAUGAUCGUCACUGGCAGCGGUGAUAAGACCGUGAGGAUCUGGAGUUUGAGUGAUUACAGCUGCUUAAGGACAUUCGAAGGGCACGUCAACAGUGUGCUAAAGACUGUCUGGCUCCCGGCAUCGCAAGCAGGCAAAGGUCGAAACAAUAGGGGUGUGCAAGUAGCAAGUGCGGCGGGUGAUGGGUUAGUCAAAGUGUGGGACGCACAGUCCGGAGAAUGUGCAGCUACUCUUGACAAUCAUACCGACAGAGUGUGGGCGCUCGCGGUCAAGCCACAGCCUGUGUUGUCUGUAGAAGAAGUCAAGACACAGGACAUCCAAGACACGCCCAUGCAAGAUGAGGAGGAAGAUUCAGGGUUUGGUUCUUCUGGCCACGCGGGCACCCUCGAGCUUGUCUCAGGAUCGGCAGAUAGCACGUUGACGUUCUGGCACGACACUACCGCUUCCACCGCUCUGGCUGCGACCCGUCAAGCUACGCAGCGAAUAGAACAGGAUCAGGAGCUGCAGAAUUACAUCCGUUCGUCCAACUACCGGGAGGCGAUCGUGCUAGCUCUACAGUUGAACCACCCGAAGCGGCUGCUCGAUCUGUUUACAGCCGUCGUUAAUAGUCCGCAUGAGUCUGGCAGCUUCACAGGUAAGAAAGACGUCGACCAGGUCAUUGCCAGUCUUAGCGACAGCCAGCUGUGGAGCCUUCUGCGCAGGGUCCGAGACUGGAACGCGAACGGAAGGACGCAUAAUGUCGCGCAGCACAUACUGUACGCCAUUCUUCGCCUUGUGCCGAGAGAGCGAUUAGUGCAUCUUCGUGAUCGGAGACGGAAGGCAGUUGCAACGAGUGAGGACGAGCUCGUUGACGGCAUGGCAGAGCUUAGCACGACCCGAGAGGGCGCCGCGGCCAAGAAGGAGAGCGUGAAGGACGUGGUCGAUGCGCUCAAGUCUUACACUCAGCGGCACUAUGAGAGGCUGGAAAGGGUGAGCGAGGAGAGGUUUGUCCUGCUCUGGGCGUUGCAGCAGAUGGAUGAGGUUGGUGGGGUGGGCGCGGGUGAUGCGAGGACGAAUGGGCACACGCUCAACGGUGUGACGCCAGAAGAUGAAGGCGUGGUAGCCUUUUGAGGAACACGAAGUUAGUAGUACGAACUUUACGUUCACCACUGU